CAAACUAAGCCCAUGGAGGCGGUGUACGAGUGGCCGGAGCCGGUCGUUCGGGUCCAAACCCUCGCCGGCGCAGCCACCAUCCCCGACCGCUACGUCAAGCCCCUCUCCGAGCGGCCCAAGCUGGCCGCAGUCCCGGUCGGGAGUACUGCCCGUGCGAGUAAUAAUAUUCCGGUGAUCGAUUUUGCCUCGCUGGCGUCGGGCCGAGAGACGGCGGCGGUGGCGGCGGCGUGCGGGGAGUGGGGAUUCUUCCAGUUGGUGAACCACGGCAUUGAAACCGCGGAGGAGGUGCGGCAAGCGUGGAGGGAGUUCUUCGCGCUGCCGAUGGAGGAGAAGCAGCGGUACGCCAACUCGCCGGCGACGUUCGAGGGCUACGGCAGCCGGCUCGGCGUCGUCAAGGGCGCCGUCCUCGACUGGGGCGACUACUUCUUCCUCCACCUCCUCCCUCCCUCCCCGCCGACCAAAUGGCCCUCCUCGCCAUCUCAAUUAAGAGGGAAAACAGAGGAGUACUGUGCGGCGGUGGCGAAGGUGGUUGAGGCGGUGAAGAGGGCGAUAUCGGCGGCGCUGGGGGUGGAGGAGGGAUACAUGGCGGCGGCGUUCGGGCAGGCGGCGGCGGCGAUGAGAGUGAACUACUACCCCAAGUGCCCGCAGCCGGAGCUCACGCUGGGGCUGUCGCCGCACUCCGACCCGGGCGGCCUCACCUUCCUGCUGCCCGACGAGCACGUCAAGGGGCUGCAGGUCCGCCACGCCGGCGAGUGGGUCACCGUGGACCCUGUCCCCGGCGGACUCAUCGUCAAUAUAGGCGACCAAAUCCAGUUGCUGUCGAACGGCACGUUCAAGAGCGUCGAGCAUCGCGUUACGGCCAACGCCGCCGCCGACAGGAUCUCCGUCGCCUACUUUCACAACCCGCAAGACGACCUACUCAUCUCACCCGCUAGUGAGAUUGUGAAACGAAGUGGGCCCGCCGUGUACAAGCCAAUCAUGUACAGGGAGUACAAGAAGCACAUGAGGAUGCUGGGGCUCGGCGGCAAGUCCCACGUGGACUCACUCAGGACCACCUGAGGAGUGACCGUGUAGUGUACAAAUAUUCGCCCUUGAUUAAUAAAGAUGCAAUUAAAACGUGCGUUAUUUCUUAAACGAAUAGUUCACAAGUAUAGUCCCCUUUAUAUACGAAUAAAGAUUUUUUUUUCCCGA